CCCCAGCUCUCUGUGUCUCCUGAAGUUAUCACACAGAGAGGAUCAGUGCAGCUUCACUGUCAUGUUCCAGACCAUGUUAAAGUGUAUCAAUGUUCUUUCUACCCAGAGACACAAAACACAAAUCUAAAAAACUCUCCAUCGUGUCAGCUCUCAGUCACUGGUUCUGAACUGAUCAGAUGGACAGGACACAGAUCUCCUAAAGCACUUCGUAUUAUUUGUUUCUACGCUCUGGAUAAAACAGUUCGUACUCCUUCUCCUCACUCUCUCCCAGCUCCAGUGCUGUAUCAGAAACCGAUACUAAGUGUCAAUUAUGAUAAUCAGACUGAUGAAUUCAGACUUUCAUGUGAAAUACCAGAGUCAGAGUCAGUAAGUGCUGAUGUUAGCUGUAAUCUCUACACUGGAGAAAAUCCUCAGCCUUAUCGAAAGAUCCGAAGGUCUAAAACGAGAAAUUCUGGGAGGUUUUCUUGUAUUUUUGAAGUACAGAGAACAGAUAUGUUUAAUGUUCUGCAGUCAGUAAAGAGCAGUGAAGUGAGCUGUGAUUAUUCACUGAGCUCUGACUCGACUGCUCGCUCUCUAAUGAGUGAUAAACACAAUCUGAUACCUUUUUCCCCUACACUGACACAGACGUCUACAACUGAAACGUCUACAAGUUUAUUUCCCUCACCGAAACAGACGUCUACAACUGAAACAUCUGCAGGUUCAUUUCCUACAAUAACACAGACGUCUACAACUGAAACCUUCACUACAGAUUCUCCAGUUUCUACAACUGAUCUGAUCACCACAAAGUACAUAACGACUCGUUCAUUUCCUACAAUAACACAGACGUCUACAACUGAAACCUUCACUACAGCUUCUCCAGCUUCUACAACUGAUCUGAUCACCACAAAGUACAUAACAACUCAGACAUCUACUGCAAUUCUUUAUACUCAUCUGAUCAGAGCGAUGACUGGAUCUCCUGAGAACCCGCAGGUUUCAUCCCUCUGGACGAUUGGAGCAGUGUGUUUGCUUGUGUCUGGAGCUUUACUGACUGGAUUCAGUAUCUUCAUCUUUCUCAGGACCGACAGAAGAGGAAGAUUUAAAGACCCUGUUGAGGUUUACACACAUGUGAUCUACACACUCUCCUCUCAGCAGCUCUCAGAAGAAACUCGGCUCCUUUCAGCUUCCUCUGAAUGAUGGACACCGAUCAGGACGCGCUGCUUCUCGUCUGUGCUUCAUUUCAUUUCAAGUCUCUGCUUAAUGAAUUCAUCUCAAUUAGCUUCCACUUGUUCACUGUAUCGAUAGACAAAAGUUCAGAUGAUCUGAUUAUGAUCGUGAUGAUGUUAAAUAUUUGUUAGAUAUAUUUGGAUAGGUUUGUAGACCUCAAUGCUCCAUACAGAAUGAAAUGAUUACACUGAUUCUUUUUUAUCGUUCAUAUCCACAACUAAAAAGUAGAAAUACACUUUUAGAUUUGAACCUUUUCAUGUGUUUUGCACUGUCUGUAGCAGUAAAUCUAUGAACUAUCAGUCAGAGACACUGGCAGUGACCCGAGUCACCUACAGGAUCUCUGGGUCCAGUGGUGUUGUGAUUGUGGGGCUUCAGGUGAUUUAAACCCCUCAUGUACUGUCACCAUCCUCUGGGCUUUUUAAGACUGGAAACGUUUUACACCACAAAUAAAGUACCAGAUUUACCAGUACAAGAAACCGUCUGUCCGUCAGCGUUCAUUUGACACGUUUUUUCAGUUAUACGCUGUUUUAAAAGUUACGUGACGAGCAGUUAAACAGAACAGAACAGUGACCUGUUGUAUGUUCCGGCCAUUGGAUACUCUCCAUUCAUUCAUUCAUUCAUUCAUUCAUUCAUUCAUUCAUUCAUUCAUCGUUCAGCCACAUUUAACAGUUUAAAUGUCAGUAUGUUAGUUUUGUUCUGAUUAUAUUUAAUAACAUGACUUUAUUAAAUGUAGGUUUACGUCAUAAAUAUAUUAAUACUUUUGUUAUUUAGAGUUGUCGCUUUUACGUGAGUCACUCAGGGGGUUGAGUCCAUCAUCCCUUUGAACCCUAGCAAUGCCCCUGAUAUGGGUUGAUGUGAAGCUGUGAUUUAUUUACAGUCACAUGGACAGAAUCACAGCACAACAAUAACAAACACCAUGUAAUGAUUGUCUUCAGUGUCCUGGUUUAAUAAAUCUGCUGUCAGCUGUUCAUACACUAUCACAAUCAUUCAUGUGAAGCUUUCAUUUCUGUCAUAUACAACCUGAGGAUUGUUCAUUGCUCUUACAAAUCAGUAGGACAUUUGGAGUGGAGUUUGUUGUCUGUCUUUACAAACUGACCUGUGUAGUGGAAAUUUUUACUUUAGAGAAGAACACAUGAAUCUGUCCUUCUAGGCUUCUGUAUUUACCAUGGCUGGUAGUUAUUGUGACUAGAGAUUUCAGUUGUUUCUUCCUAAAACUGCCUUUAA